AUGUUCAUUGUUCAAUGUAUAUUAUUUAUCAUUUUAAACACAUUGAUUCAAUAUUCCAAUAGUAGUACAAGUAGAAGUAGUAAUAAUAGUAACACUAUUCAACAUUAUUCAUUACUAUUAAAUAAAAAUGAUGAUUAUACAUUUCAAUGGUCAGUUGAUUAUGCGGAAGAAAAACAAUUACACUUUAAUAUUUGUUAUAAUUUGAAUAAUUUGAAUAAUGUGACCAAUCAACAUUGGUCGACAUUGAAUGAUCAAUUGAAAUUAUUCGGUGUUGGAUUUGGUCGUAAAGAUGAACCAGUAAAUUUAGAUAUGUAUAUGUUAUAUUUUCCAUUAUUUUAUGAAAAAUUACAUCAACGUAAUCAUGGCAAUUAUAAUAAUGAGAAUAGGAAAGAUGUUGAUUAUUUAUUCUUGGAAGCGUAUACUGAUGAAAAUGCAAUGUUACAUAUUAGGGAUUCUGUAGAAAGUCAAUUAUAUUCAGUGGAAUUUCCACAUAAAUGGAAACAUCAUAAUAUUCAUCAAAAUUUGAUUUGUUUUAAUUUUGGAAGAAUGGCAACUUCUUGUCGUGAGAAUGGCUAUAGUAUAGAUAAUCAAACCACGCAUCUUUAUCUAUUUCAUAGUACUACUACUACUAAUGAACAUUACAAGAAACAUGAUAUGAUUUAUGAAUUAUGGCUGGAUCGUUUAGGAUUAUCUUCUAUACUUUCAUUGAAUAAUUUAGACAUGAGAAAAAGAAUUUCUUAUCAGAAAAUUUUAUUACAAUUAAUUAAAAGUUCAACAUAUACUGAUUUCAAAAUGACUGAUGAUGUGAAAAUAUUUUCAGUUCGUGUUAAUCAAAAUUUUUAUGUAGAAUUAUAUACUUCUGCUUAA